UAUUUGCAGGUGGCAGAGUCUGACGUGAAUACAUCGACCUCUAUGAAGGGUGAGGAUGACGGGUGAGUUACCGCCCUUUCUAUAUCACUCACUCUUGCUUCUGUAUCUGAUUUUCUCCGACAACCAAAUCUAUGGCUUCCGAUUCUUCUCCGAAUUUCAACAACGGUCCUUCUUCCCCCGACGACUCCCUUUCCAGCCCCAUCAGCAACACCUUCUCUUCUCCGGGAAGUAGGCGCCGCCGCCGCCGCUCCUCCACUCCCUCCGCAUUCGCCACUCCGUCGGAGCGCUGAUCUCGAUUCGCCUCCUCCGAAGCCACCCCAACCGCGCCGCGCUCCCGCUAAGGCGUCGGCGGAGGUGGGCGCGUUCCCGUCACACCUACAUCCACAACAUAUGACGCGGCGGCCUCGUCUGACGGCGGCGAUGGCUACGACAUGGACGACGCCAGGCCCACCUUUGUGUGGGGCACUAACAUAAGGGUGGAAGACGUGAACGAUGCUAUUCACAGGUUUUUGAGGGACUUUAGGGAAGUGUCUUCGUCGCAGGGCGAGGAUGACAGGUUGAACUUGCACACCGAAGGGAAGUAUGAGAAAUUAGGGAUGACGGGUUUAACCGCCUAUGCCCUCUGCAUCAACCUCCUCAACCGCCACGCCUUCUCCUUCUCGUCCAGGAAUGGAUAUAUGAAGGAUGUACUGAAAGAACAAACCUUGUCCCAGCUUCAGGAUCAAACAAUUUGGCAAAUUUUGAAGGCGAGAAGUGACCAUCCUAUUUUUAAACCUAUUUUUAUUGUGGGAAUUUCAAUUUCUUUUUUUGUGUGCUCUGUCUCAGUAUAUUAAAAAGAAAGAAAAUGGUCAGUGUUUCCGUGCUAAAAGAAAAAAGAAAGAGAAAUUGAAAGAUAAGCCCGGAAUUGCGGUGACAAAUCCAUUUUGCACACCUCAUUGGAAGAAAUACCGAACAUCUACGCAUGCCCUUAUAGUAGUAUGCUGAAGUGAUGUGAUGCCUCUGUGUUGUGUGUUCUGUGUUUAAGACAAAAGUGUUUUUUUUGUUUUUUCUAUUGGUUUACAUCUUGAGAUGGAUUCAUCCAUCACCUUCGAUUGUGUUGUGCUGUGUGUUGUGUAUGUGACUCUUGAUUCUGUCCACCACAGUCCAAAGAAAAAGUAGCUUUCAACCCUGUACUGGAAUGGUGUAUAUUUUAUUCUGGUUUUAAAUCUUGUACACAAAAUUAAUGUAGUUUAAUUGUCAUUAAAAAAUGUUUAAAUUUUUUAACGGUUUGUACAUGUGUACAUUUACUUUUCGUAUCUCCACGUCCAAGAACUAGAUCUCUUCAGCAGCCAACAGACACAGAAUUUACAAGACCGGUUUUUGCUCCUUAUCUUAAGCUUCUGUAAAAGUUUUAUCUCGCCUUCACACAACAUUGCCACCUACCAUUUGCUGUAGUUUUUUUGGUUUUUCAAAUCUUGGGGUUGUUGAAAGUUCUGAACUUUCUUGAUUCAAUUGCAAGUAUGGUCUUGAAUGCAUACUUCUAAGAAAAGGGUACCUUUCAACUUUUUGAACGCUUCUUCUUCGUCAUGUAUGUAUCUAUGUACUUGAUGAGCAUGUGCUGCCUCGUGUCAUUGGAUGUGUGAAUUUUCUUAACUCAUUUCACAGAGGUCAUGCAUUAUUCUGGCUCCUACUGCUGCUUCUCUCUGCAUCCAAGACCUGGUGUCGGUUUAGACUUAAGAAUUCCUGAUUCCGGAUUGUUGAAGUGUGAGGUGGAGACCCCUUCAAUCCUCUGGCAUUUGCAUGUUCCGAAUUUGAGAAGCUUAAUAGGAUUUUGCUGAAGAAAUUUAGGAUCUGCAUUAAUUUGAAUGGGGCAUUCUGCAGCCGUAUGGGACUAUAGAGCAGCAACUGAAAUUACAAAGGACUGGAAUGGAAUUGAUCAAGUUCUGCUUCGGACCCCAAGGGGUUCUUCGGCACGGGUAAGCUUACAUGGGGCGCAGGUCACUUCAUGGCGGAAUGAGCACGGGGAAGAACUUCUAUUCACAAGCAGCAAGGCAAUUUUCAAGGCUCCAAAAGCAAUUCGAGGAGGAAUUCCCAUGUGUUUUCCACAGUUUGGAAACUGUGGAUCGCUGGAGCAGCAUGGUUUUGCAAGAAAUAGAAUGUGGGCAAUUGAUGAAAACCCUCCUCCUCUUCCUGGGAAUGACUCCAGUGGGAAAUCCUUCAUUGACCUGGUGCUAAAAUCAUCUGAAGAAGAUAUGAAGUGCUGGCCACACAGUUUUGAAUUCCGUCUUCGGGUGUCUCUUGCAGCAGAUGGGGACCUGACUUUGAUAUCUAGAGUCAGGAAUAUAAAUGGCAAGCCAUUUAGUUUCUCAUUCGCGGAUCACACAUACUUAUUGGUUUCUGACAUUAGUGAGAUAAGGAUUGAAGGUCUGGAGACACUGGACUACCUAGACAACCUUUUCAAAAAAGAACGAUUUACUGAACAAGGAGAUGCAAUAACAUUUGAAUCUGAGGCGGAUCGAGUUUAUCUUAGCUCUCCAAACAUAAUUGCAGUGCUAGAUCAUGAGAAGAAGCGAACAUUUGUUAUAAGGAAGGAAGGUCUCCCUGAUGUUGCUGUGUGGAAUCCAUGGGAAAAGAAAUCAAAAUCCAUGGUAGAUUUUGGUGAUGAAGAGUACAAACAGAUGCUUUGUGUUGACGGGGCGGUGAUAGAGAAACCGGUGAGCUUGAAGCCGGGAGAGGAAUGGACCGGUCGGCUGCAGCUAUCAGUUGUGCCAUCAAGUUUUUGCAGUGACCGUCUUGGUCUUGACAGAAGUGGUCUUUGAGGAAUUGUACAAAAUGGGUCUGAGUUAAUGCUGCUACUACAUCCAGCAAUGUAGCAGCAUCUAGUUGUAGAAAUAGUGCUGUUCAGUAGGAGUGUCAGGUUUUAUGUUGUUAUGAUCUUAGGCUAGAAAUAGUGCUUUAUAGAGGCCUAUGUUUUGUGUGAGAAUGGCUUUCAAGUGUUACCAGGUCAUUAGUCAGUUGGUUCCUUCCGUUCUGCUAUGGAUGCUCCUUCUUUAAGCAUUAGAUUUGUUGAGUUGGUGCCGAGUUUAUUCUCUCCAUGGAUUUGAUGAUAUGUUCCACGGCAUGGAUAAUUUAGCUUUGGUGUUCCAAUUUGCUUAUAUUGGAUGGUUACGGCUAUGAUCUGCCUCUCAUGACAGAGAUAAAACGAGUGAUUAGUGGACAAUGUGAUCAUGCAUCUUUUUUUGGCA